AUUAAGCGGGUGUUCGUUUUUAGCGUAAGGUAAUAAAAAUCUAAGAAUAGCAUUUCAACUUUCCGUUAUCUGUGAAAAUUUAUGGUAAAGCGAAACGUACGUACUGUUUUAUCUUCGUGUCGUUUGCAAUGUGUGACUGCCAGUACAUUGCGAGUUUAAUUUGUUGGUAAUAUUGAACAGAUUUUAAAUCAUUAUUUAAGCAUACGAUUACGCCUUGUUGGCAGGUCCAUUAGCUGAACCACAUUUAAACAGUAUAAGAAAUCUGGUCUGUGUAACGAGGUAAUUUCGCUUAGUGUGUUGAUUUGACUUAUGCGUAUUAAACUCUGUCAGAGGCCUCAUUUGAUGACAGGAUAUAAAUGUUACUGCGAUAUCAAAGAGAACGACAAAUUUUGCUCUCUCCUGAUUGAUGAAUAACCUCGCCAGGCAGUUUGCGAACAAACAGAAUGAAAACAUAUUUUUAACUGUCAGGUAUCGAUUCAGACGGUGCAAACAUGUCGUAUUUAGAACAAUUCGCAAAAAUGUAGGUUUCAAGCAAAAGUACCAGCACAUUAAAGUUGAAUUCCAGCUUAUCAAUUAGUGUUGAUGUCAAUCUAAAGUUUAAAAUGGAUUUGGCUGUCACUUUUUAUUACUUGCCAGUUUGUUUGCGACGCGUAUGCGCAAACCGUUCCGUGUAUAUAAUGUAUUAAAAGUAAUUCGCUUUUAUUGUUAGAACGUGACAGAUUUAUUUAAUGUAGGCACCGCAGUACUGAUUAAGAUAAGCCUAAGUAAUAAUGCAUAUAUUGGAACUUGCCCAAGUACAUAUUGCCGUACACGUAUAAAGUUGAUAAGAAUGUAUGAAGACGUGGCUGGGUCGCCAGCUUGAUUGUGUGAAUGGCUUUACUUUGUAGAGGAAAUAUGUAGUUCUAUAUUAAACAUCUUAGUCUGUUUUUAUCGUGUGAUUUGUCAGUAACAUACAUUAAAACUCUUGCAGCAGUAGGUUUAAACGGGAUGAUUUAAGUUUCAGGCAAAAUGUAUCAGUCCAAAAGACAACAGCGUGGAAACGUUCUUAUAGAAUCGGACAAACUUCAGGGAAAUGGAUACGAUACAAGAUCGGAUAAGGUAGGAAAAGCAGGCACUGAAAAUAAACGGAGAGUUGUCUUCGUUGGACAAAGCAGGCAAAAACCAGCGGCCUCGAAAGCUGCUCGUAAAAUCAUCGCAGAUCCGCGCGAUAUACAGGAGUUUCAGCAGCGACAACGAGAGCGCUCUUCAGGUCUCGCAAAACGUCCAAAUGGUCGACGGGCCUCAAUUCAGCCUGUAUCAUCAUCUAGCGGCCAAGCUAAGAACGCUACAAGUCAACAAAGAGUUCGUAGAGCGUCGGCUCCUGCUAGAACACAUGAUGUCAUACAAGAGAUUUCUAACGGUGAAGUUCGAAUGAGUGUAGUUGCCAAAAAGCCCAAGAAUCCGGUUCAACAAAAAUCAUCCACCGAUAAACAACAUGCAAAAAAUCGGAGAGUCUCCUUUCAUCAUCUUGUGGCUGAUCUGUCUCUAUCCACUUUACAAGAAGAAGAAGAAGAAGUGGAAGACGAGGAAGAAGAAGACGAUUUGACUUUGUUAUAACUAGCUUACCUUCUUAUAUAAUAUUUCAUAUUUUCGUUGAGAUUUUCCCUUUUGUGUCGUUAGAGUAUAUUGACUGUGAACACAUCGAACGUUGAAAAUGACGAGGACAGUCGUGUUAUUAUAACAGCUUGUAUUUUGAGCGUACUCUUUUUUUGUUUGUUUCGUUCUAUGAUCAGUGUUUUUAUUAUAGCGGGUAUCUAGUGUAUUUGGCAUACAUAACAAAUUUAUUUCUUUCUUGGGCUUCAUCGUAUAUUGUUGCAUUUCUAUUUAAAACAACGAAAGGAAUACAGAACUCACAAUGAAGCUGUUCGUUGAUUUAAGCGAUCAAUAGUACAAAUACACAGUGAGCCCGACAAGGUUUCAAGGACGUUUUGCACGUUGGACCGCUAUUUAAAUUGCAAUUUCAUCCUAAUAUUUGAUUGACACAUGACAAGUACGUCGUUGUGUAUCUGUAGACACACCCCUUCGAUAGCUCAGUUGGUAGAGCGGUGGACUGUAGUUGUUUAAUCAUCAGAAAUCCAUAGGUCGCUGGUUCGAAUCCGGCUCGAAGGAA